AUGAGCCGCGGUUUCAUUGACUACAGAUUAAAAUUUGUUAAGAGACCGGACGAGAUCACAGGCGAUGAUGACCCAAAUGUUUACAGAGUGGAAAUGUCCUGUGGACACAUUGUGGAUCCCAUUUCACUCACGGAAUGGUGUCGGAUCCGUAUCAGCCAGGGUCAUUUCAAAUUCCACUGCCCUGCAGUAAUAGAUGGGAUAAAUGAAGGCUGUGGAAAGGAAUGGUCCUACAUGGAGGUGUGCAGACAUGCAUUGCUCUCUGUUGAGGAACGACAGGAUUUUGAAGAGAAGCUUGCCACUCUCGCCACUUCAAGUUACUAUGAAUUCAAACAGUGUCCUAGGUGUGGGAAUUAUGUGGGACGGAACGAUGAGAUGAACAUAUCAGUGACCUGUUCAGUCUGCACGGCCAAUGAUGAAAACCCAUUUGAAUUUUGCUGGCAAUGUAUGAAGAAGUGGAAAGGCCCAGCUCCACGCUCUGAUAAAUGUGACAAUGAAGGAUGUAUUAAUAUCCAACUGGAAACCCUGAAGAAUUGUGACACAAAAUCUUUACCUUACAGCAAUAUUCAAAAUUGUCCUAUAAUUUGUGCUUGUCCCACUUGUAGUUUGCUUAUAGAACAUAAAGAAAUGUGCAAAUAUGUCGUGUGCAUCAGAUUCCAUGAGGAAUUUUGCUUUGCCUGCCUUAGCACAAAGGCAAUUUGCAAGAAGCACAAUUUAUCUGCUGUCGUGAUUGGUGGUGAAAGCAUCUUUGAUUUUCUGGAUGUCAAGUGCCUUAGUCCUCUAGCUGUUUAUGGCCAACAGGGCCCAGUUGCUGUUCUGAGCAUCGCCGCUGCUGUUCCUCAGAUAGUUUUUGAGGCGUCUGAGACAAGAGAAACUCCGUUCACAUGA